GUACAGCCUUUGCCACGGAUAUGUAAUUUAUAAGCAAAGCAAACGUGCAUGGCUGCCUUACAAUUCUUGUAUUUACAGAAGUAAAAAAAUACAUAUAUUAACAUACGCGUAUACGUCGAUAUGCGCGCUCUUUUUCCCCUCACAUCUUUGAAUAACAAUUUCUUCUGAAUUGAAACUUAAACAAUUCUGAAGAGCCAUUUUUAAUAUCCCAGAAAGGUGUAAAAUUGCGCAGAACGGGAUGUUUUAGCAAAACUUUUGACAGCACAAGUUGUGUUUUUAAAAUUAAUCUUAACAUUUUUUCCGGGAGGAAAAGGUUUCAUCAGCUACUAUUUCCCAUUUACCACUUGGAAAAGAAAAAAAAAAACACAAGAGGGGAACAAAUAAAAUGAAAGACGACAAUGAAGAUAUUAUAUCGAGAAAUUUUUUAAAACAAAGAAUAAAAAAUGUGAAAAGCAUUUUAGUUAAGGAAAAUGAAAUGCCUAAAAUUGAUCAAAUCUUCAAAUAUGAACUGAAAUCAAAUUUCACGGAAAUAAAUGACCUACUAUAUUACGUGAAUGGAAUUAUAUACAAAAAUGCAGAUACAUUUCAGAAACUCAUAUUGUUGUAUUCCUAUGACGACAAUAACGAUUACAACACCUCCAAUGUUAAGCAAAACACCUUUGUGUACUUACUGAAGCAAAAAAUUAAAUUUAGAGAAAAAUAUAAAAAUGAAAACUAUGUAGACUACUUAAAAACAAAUCCGUUGAUUUUUAUUGAUACGCUUAACAAAUUACUGAUCGUACCAGGCAUAAGCUUCGAAUUUAAGGUGUAUAAUUUUGACGAAAAGGUCAAUAAAUAUUUUAUCAGAAAAUCAGAUAUAAAAAGUAACACCCUGUAUAACCCCUGCUUCAUUAAAUCGAGGAAUGGCCAUUUUAAAAACAUCAUCAAAGUUUCGAGAAAAGCAGACAAAAGCAGCAGAAAGAGUGACAAGAAGAGUGACCAAAAAGGCGAAAAGCAAAAUGAUAAGCAAAGUGGCAAGCAAAGUGGUCAACCAAAUGGCAAGCAAAGUGGUCAGCCAAAUGGCAAACAAAGUGGUCAACCAAACGAACAACACAUUGAAUCCUAUUUUGAGAAAAAAAACACACUGCAGAACUCCAAAAUUGAGGAAGCAAAAUGUGAACUUGAAAUUACCCAUAUAGACGACGACACAGACAAGAAGCAAAACGGAGAAAUAAGCCGAAAAAUGGAGCUAACUGGUGACGGUAACUGCAAAAAUGAUCACAAUUCCGCUGCCCCUGCUGCGGCUUCUGAUGAUGAAAUGAAAGAAGGGGAUAAAAGGGAACGGAAAAAGCGAAAGAGUGUCAACACGACCUGCAUCUUGGAAAGAAACAGUAGCGCGCAAUACAACAAAAAAUAUAAAACGAAUAAUACGAGCAACGGAGUGAAUAAGGAGAGCAGCGAAACUGUCUGUUCGAAUGGGUUAAAAGGAAAAGCGGAAGAUGGCGAGGGCGUGGAGGAUGUGGAAGUUACAGAAGUAACCGCAGAAGACGAAGGGGAGGGAGAAGAGGAGCAGGAAGAUGAAGAAGAAGAGAAGGAGAGGGAAGAAGAAUACGAAUACGAAAGUAGCCGCAAUGACGACAGCGGUAGCGGUAAAAGCACCCACUUCUUUUACAAUUUGGUGAACGAAUACGAAGUAUACAUAAACAACGUCAAGUGCUACCUAGUGUUUGAUUUAAUGAGUUGUUAUAAAAAUUUAGACAUUAUGAAAAAAUUAAAAAAAAAUUUGGAAGAGUUGAAAAAGCCAAACAACGUUUUCAAAGAAAUUAUUAACAAAAAGACAUUUAAAUCGUCUAGGGACAAAAUUGAAUUCAUAAAACGAUUUAAAAAAAUGAUUAUCCCUAAUUUUAGAAUUGAAAAAAUAAGAAAACAAAGGAACCACUUAAUUAUUAUCGAAUUAAUGUCAAAGAUACAAAACAGUUUAAUAAUAAAAAGACUAUACCAAGAAUUAACGAACAAAGUCAAUUUGCAUGAUUUAAUAAAAAACGCGGUUCAGUUGUUCACCAAAUCUGUAGAAAAUAUGAAAAAUGAAAGUGUGAAGAAGUUCUACCUAAGCAUGAUUAAUACCUAUUUUCAAAAUAACAAUUUAUCUGCUGUAGAUUUUAAAAAUUUGGUGCAAUUAUUUAAGAAAAAAGAAGAGCAUCUAAAAAACGAGGAAUUCUAUAAUUUGUUUCAAAACGAUCUAAAUUAUUUAGAAAAAAACAAAAAACAGUGUGAUGAAAUAGAGGCGAAAAUUAACUCCCUAAAAUAUCUAAUCUUAGAAUCCAUACUAAAAGAAAAACAAUUAGAAAGAUCAGUAAAUAGACUACUCCUAAAUCAUGAACAAUCAAAGUAUGGUUAUUUUUACAAAGUUGACCAGAGUGAUGAGAACACUUUGGACACUACUGAAUAUGGAAAACUACUCGAAAAUUUUUCCAAAGAACCCAUCAAUUUUUAUACCAUUCUGAAUAAAAGGAACCUGGACAAGCAUGCAUAUCAUGACAUAAGAAAUUUUAACUACAAAAAAAAAAAUAACGAUGAGGAAGCGUUAAAACACGACGCAACCACGUCAAGUCCCAACCAAGUAAAUAAAAGCAUCAGAACGUCUUGUGAAAAUUGUAAAUUGGACGCCGAAGGAGAGGAAGAAAACCAGACAGAAGACAAAAGCAAAAAAAACGAACACGCCAGUUCCGGCGCCAAAGACCAAAAGAGAGACAGUAACUCAUCAGGUAAUGCAAAGAAAUCACCAAAUAAUCAAUGUGCAAAUCUAAAGGAAAAAAUUAAAAAGGGGAUUAACAAAAAUGACAAUCGUAACAUGCCCAAGCAAGAGGCCCAAAACGGAGAAAAAGAACCACCUGAUAAUUGCAACAACCAGGGGGACCAUUACAAAGGCAAAAUUAAAAAAACAAACGGUGAUGAUAAAAAUCAAGAGAAUAACCAACACAAUAAAAAAAUUAACUGCUCCCAAAUUGUGGAAAGCAAAAAUACGCAAAAUUCAAGCACAACAAUUAAUAAUGGAAAAAAAAAUGAAGCAUGUAAGGAAGAAAAUGGUCGCAAUAAAAAAAAGGAUUCUGCAAAGAACUGCACACACAAAGGCAAAAAGGAAGCAGCAUUUAAAAAAUCAAGCAGCUGCGAAAAUAAAAAACAAGCAAAUUUUAAAGAAAAAUAUAAAAACCAUGAAGAAGAAAUGCCAAGUGAGUACGAAACUGAAUGCGAAAGAGACAUCAUUAGGUCUACAUGUGAAAAGAAAAACUUUACAUUUGCCAAUGAUAAACAAGAAAAAAUAAAUAACGAAAUAUUUUACAAAGUAUUUGAGCAAUACCCCUACAGUUUCUUUUCCAAAUCUGUCAAAAAUUAUAAUUUAAUUUUAAAUGAGAAUAAGGAAGAAUCCGAAUUAUCCUGGUUAACUAUGCUAAAAAAAAAAACGCAUAAUAAAUCUAUUUUGCCACCAAGCAGAGACACAUUUAGAGAUGGCACGCACUUUUCCAAUUGCCGUGCAACGGAACAUACGUUGAAAUUUUUUUUGUCCCUUUUAUCCCUAUUGACCAAGAGCGAUAUUGACAUCAAUCUGAAGCAAUAUUUAAAGAAAAACAUUCAGUUUCUAAAUACGGAACUAUUUAGUAUGAAACUAAACUUAGAUAAAAAAAGGGCCAUACUGGAAAAACGACUAGACCAUUUCAAUUUUCAAGAAAACUCAGAAUUCUCCUUUUACAACCCAUUAAAAAUGAAUAUACGUAUGAUGAAUUUAAUCGGAAGAGGAGGAUUCGCAGAAGUGUGGGAAGUUUUCGACUCCAUAAAUUUAGAAAUGUAUGCGGCCAAAAUUCACAAAAUUGAACCCAGCAUGACCAACGAAAUUAAAAAUAAAAUCAUUCAAAGGGCGGAAAAUGAAAUAAAUAUCCAUAUCCACUGCCAUAGACACAUUUUUAUAGUAAAAUUAGAAUUUUUUUUUGUUUUUGGAUCUGCAACGAACUUACUAGUUGGAAUGGAAUUAUGCGACAUCGACUUAGAUAAGUACAUCAAAUAUCAUGGCCCAAUUAACGAACUCUUAGCGCUAUGUUGGGUUAAACAAAUAUUACUUGGUUUAUUAUAUAUGAAAACGUUACCCACAGGGAAGGUUCAUCACUGUGAUUUAAAACCCGCUAAUCUGUUAAUAAAAGAUGGAAUAAUAAAAAUAUCUGACUUUGGACUAGCUAAACUGAUUUUACCCGAUACUUAUCAGUACUAUAACGGGGGGGGGACUCUAUAUUAUCAACCACCGGAAUGCUUAAGAAAUAAAAAGAAUCUGCUCAUCACAGACAAAAUUGACAUAUGGUCACUAGGAUGUAUUUUGUAUGAAAUGCUUUUCUGCGAAAGGCCCUUUCAAUUUAAUUAUCUUGAGAAAUGUUCCAAAGAGUUGUUAGUUAACAAAAUGAAAAGGGGUUUAAGUUACCCCAAAAUUAACCAACAAAUUUCAGAGGUAACCCUAAAUUAUAUACAGUACCUGCUAAAUUUUGAUUAUGAAUUUAGGCCCUCCAUAGAGGAGGCCUUAGCCUACCCAAUUUUUAAUUUUUUUCGUAUACCUUAACUGGCCCGUGCCCGUCGCACGAAUUUGAGCUUUUCUUAUUUUUUUAAAUCAUUUUUUCUGUUUUGGCGACUCGCCCAUGUGGAUGCAUGUAUGCACGUACGUAUGUAUGUACAUAUGUACGUACGCAUGUACACUCUUUACUGCGUCGGGGGGGAACUGAACGCCCCC